AUGGCUCAAUCAGGUUAUGGGUACGACCCAUUACAUGGCUACCAUCCACAGACUCAAUAUGCGCACCAGCCAUAUCCCUCUUACCCGGCCUCGACUCACAGUUAUCCAAAUGGCGCAGUGCAAAACAUUGCACAUGGCCAACCGGCCCCCAGAGACUCGUAUAAUCAGCACAACGUGAUUCCCGGAUUAGGCCUGAAUUUUUCGCAAAAUGCGGCACAGUGGCCAGCUUCCUGGGCAGGCCAGCCACAUUCGUUCGGCCAGGCGCCCCCUGCUACUGAAGGAAAUGGCCCUUCGCGGCAGGCCGAUAUGAGUGAGGAAGGUGAGGUCAGUGAAGGUGAAGUCGAGGACGCCUAUGAGCCAAGAGACGCUGAGGUUGUCGCCGACGUGUCAUAUCAGCACGGAAAUGGAGGUUACUCAGCUGAGUACGGUAUUGCGCAUGUCAGAAGAGUCGCUGUUGACCCGUCAGCCGCAUUUUCUGCUGGUCGAGAUCGAUCAGGUUCAUAUUCCCCGUACCUGUCCCCCCAGGAAAUCGACCAUCAAGCCAUGGCUGAUUCUCCUGAUGAAUCACACUCGACCAGUACUGCCCCUGCAAAAGCAUCGCAGUUGUCUCCUAAAGUAAACGAACCGAACCAUACCGCAGCCAACUCAUCACCUGUCAAGAACGUUGCGGCGGCACGAAAACAAGCUCAAGAUGCCAUCUUGCGGCUUUGGCCAUUAAACGUACGAUAUCAAAAUUACAUUGAUGAGGGAAUCGACGAGUCGCUAUUGGGUGGCCUCUUUGAGGAGCUAGGAUUUGCUACGGCUUCGCCAGGUAAUAUCACGGCUACCGAUCCUAGCCAUGAAAAAAGGGCAACGACAGGAACAAAAAACGAGACUCUACCCACCGGUAGCAACCAACGAGAAUCCGACACUGGAGGGAAGCCUGCCAGCGCGCCGGUGAAAGACAAGUCAGAGGAGCGCAAGGAUCGCAUUGCGCGGCUCCUAGCUGCGAAAAGCUCAAAGCCAAGCACCUCAUCGACCUCGGCUCCAAUUCCUGCUCGUGCACCGGUCAUAGUACCAGCUACAACGCCCUCUUCGCAUACGCCAGUUCCAAGACAGCAAGGCUCGGCAAAAUCACAGUCUGAGAAAUCAAAGCUUUUAUAUUCGAAGAUGGAGGCUCUGCGGAAAGCUCGUGAGCUUGAGGCGCGAGGACAAAAGCGUCCUCAUCAAGACGUGCUCCCUCAAACCCACCAAGCAAAGGACAAUGCUGAUGGCUCUAUGGCCACGGCCACAGCUUCCUUCGAUACGUCCACCAACCGCAUCCGAUCUGCCUCGCAGGAGCAUACGCCUGGCCAGAGCGAAAGCCCCAAUGGGCAGUUUUCCCUUUCCAUUCCUGGACUUUUUCUGUCCUCUACGCCACAGCCCGCGCACUUUGCACAAGUAUCGAAUUUAGAACGCCCGGCUUCUACAAGCGUGAUGGAUUCUAACCCGAGGCCAUUUAAACGUCCUUUUGGGCAGACCAGAAGAUCUCGUCCAUUCCUCAUUGAUGUCAGCGACGAUGAAGAUGAUGCCGAAAUGGAUAUUGACUCUCCUGAGCAAAAGGUGGUAUCGCUAACUACGAGGCCAAAUCUGAAGACUUCUAUGUCUCUGCGCAACAUCCCAUCAGCUGCAGGCAACCAGCAAUAUUCGAGCCCACUGACAACACCGCCUAGCAGUGGCAGUGACAAUCAUGCAAGACAGAACCUGGACAGCAUGACCAAGAAGAUUGAGGCCAUGAAAAGAAGGAUUGCAGAGGCUGAGGCCCGUAAGAAGGCAAAGCAAUCGCAACCAGAUUCACCGGCUCUACCAACAUUGAAUGAUGAUUCUCUCAAUAGCAGUUUUGAGGCAGCCAUUGCCAACAAGGAUACGACUAUACCUGUAUCCUUAUCUAUUGAACCUAGAGAGCUUUCUCAUUCGACACCCUCAGUAUCGGGACCUUCCCCCAAGGUGCCGCAUCAGUUAUUAGAUUCGAGCCCCCUGAGUGUAAACGAACGACGACGUAGUCGAUCGCGUGCGGCAAGCGAGCGUCUUCCCGCUAUUGAAGCUCGCCGUCGAGAGCAACAGCUAAAGCUGCAACUGUUACAGGCCCAAAUGGCAAACAUUCAACGCGAAAUUGAACGAAGCCUAGAGGAAGAAGAGAAAUUAAAGGAGGAUGUUGACAAUGAGUCGGACAGUGAGCAAACGCAAGAGCGGCAAGAUGAAGCUCAGACUCCUUCUAAACCACCAAGUCCAUCUUCUCCGCUAACAGACGCCAUGGACAUUGCAAGCACAUCUCCUCAAAGCAAUGAUGCUUCUCAAUAUGGCCGAGAGGCUCCCGUACAUCAAACCGAGAAAUCGCGGGAGGAGCAACAGCCCGGUAUGCUCAUGAUAGCUCAGGCUGGGCAAAAUCUACCGACUGCUUCCCAAGCCGUCACCGCUACAGCUGUAGUCGCCGAGGACGCCAAGCAAGAGGCUGUUGAAAGCGCCAUAUCGACACACGACAGCAACAUUACAGCAGCAGUAGAUGAAGCGCAGGACAUGGCCAUGUCGGAAAGUGGCGAUUUCGAUAAUGCAGACUCUGAAGACGGAUCUGACGACUACGAGCCUCCAGAUGUCGAAUUGUCUGGCUCCUCAGGGAAUCUUUCACGAGCGUCAACCCCUUUUAGCCCCGCACCGGCUGAUCUAGUUUCAAUCUCCGAAACGAGCCCCAAUGACUUUCAAAGUCAAGAUAAUACGACAGAUGCUAUUGCCACGCAACAGAUUUCGACCGUUCAACGGAAUACAGCUUCUGAGAGUGGAAGAGAAGUAGACGUUGCCCUGCACGCGAAAGGCCGAUCAUUAUAUCUAAUUGCUAAUCAGGUUGACCAAACCACUUUUGUACCGUAUGAAUCGCCCCUUCGAUACUUUCGCGCAUAUCGCUUCCAUCCAGAGUAUUCCCGAUCCGUCGCUGGCGGUCUUCGCUCUUUAACAUACAGCAAUAAAAUAGACGUGAAGCAGGAGAUGUGCCCUGAUGAGCUGGCCAACAGCAACUGCCCGAGGGGCAAAGAGUGCCACUAUCAACAUUUCGAGAGCAUGCAAGCUCCGGAUGACCAAAUCCUCCUCCAGCUCGGCGCUCACGGCGACUUUGAGGAGCAGAAGAAACACGAGUAUAUCAACGGGCUGCGUCAUCUCUUGACGGACUUUCGCAACCGCAAGGUCAAGGAUUUUCAAACCAUCAGCCAGGGCAUUAUUGACUACCGAGCCCAAUUCCUCGGAGACAGGAGCAAGAUUCUCCCUCUGGGCGGCGUUACGAUUUGA